UGUUCCAGCAUGUUAGAAAAGUUGGGUGUAAAACUGAAAACCGAGUAUAAAAACGAGGUUACGACGAGUGUCCCAUGCCAGUUCUGUUCAUUUGUGCAUGGAAGGAGUCUAGCAGACCACUUGGACGGGCCGUCACGUUGAGGGCAGCAAUUUUGUAAACACAUUUUUUCCAGAGUUGUUUAAUUAUCGGAUCCGCGGAUCGUCGUCGAGGUGUUAAGUUUGAAGGAGGAAGUGGGCGUGCCUGUGUUUAGUGCAAUUUUGCUGUUAUUUUCACAAUUAAAAAAGACUUGACACAUCAUGCCACCUAAGAGGAAAGCUGCUGCCAAGACUGCAGCCAAGACUGCGGCCAAAGGAAAAAAAGUCAAGGUGGAGGUCUUAGAGGAGGAGCCAAUAGACCAAAAGGAGGUAGACCUCAAGAAAGCAGUAGAGGCAUUGAAGACGGUAGAGAAGGGCAAGAGUAAGAAGUACAUUGUCGACUCAAACUAUGGCGGAGGUGGUGCGGUGUAUGAAGACUUUGACUGUAUGUUAAAUCAAACCAACAUAUCUCAGAACAACAACAAGUUUUAUGUGAUUCAACUGAUUCAGGAUGGAGGUAGAUACACACUGUGGACCAGAUGGGGACGUGUGGGAGAGCCUGGUGCUAAUCAGAGUAUUAGUUUCACUGAUGUCAACCAGGGCACCAAGGCCUUUGAGAAGAAAUAUCAGGAUAAGACUCGCAACAAGUGGGCCGAUCGAGCUAACUUCAAUCCUGUGCCUGGCAAAUACACCUUGAUUGAGGUAGAUCAGAGUGCAGACGUUGAAGAGGAUGUGAAGAAGUUAACUGCUCUUGAUGGUACCAGCAAGAAAUCUUCUUCAAGUGUUGCUGCAUGUAAACUAGAUAAACCUACCCAGGGUCUGAUGAACCUCAUCUUUGAUAACAACAUGUUCAAAGAGCAGAUGGAAGACUUUGACCUUGAUGUAAAGAAGAUGCCCCUUGGAAAGCUGAGCAAAGCCCAGCUCGCUAAGGGCUUUGAUGCCCUAGAAGAGAUAGAAACAGCCAUCAAUAACAAGGCAUCAAGACCUAAACUACAGGAGCUGUCCUCUAAGUUCUACACUCUUAUUCCUCACUCUUUUGGGAGGAAACUUCCUCCUACUAUCAGCCAGGCUGAGACAGUACAGAUGAAGAAAGACAUGUUGCUGGUACUGGGUGAUAUAGUUAUUGCCCAGGAUAUUAAGAGGGAACAAGACGAGACAAUGUCUCAAUCCCAGGCUGAUGUUGCACCAAAUCCUCUGGAUGUGAACUAUGACCUUCUGAAAUGCAAGCUGGAACAUGUGGAUGCCAAGUCUAAAGAGCACAAGAUUAUUUCCACCUACAUAGAGAAUACUAAGAACAGCUGGCGCAAGGAGAAGUUACUUAAUGUAUGGACUGUGUCCAGACAUGGAGAGAGUGAGCGAUAUGCGGAGCAUGACGAAAUUGGUAACCGUCGUCUGCUGUGGCAUGGCACCAAUGUAGCCGUAGUGGCAGCCAUUUUGAAGACUGGUCUACGUAUCAUGCCCCAUUCUGGUGGUCGUGUUGGCCGUGGGAUCUACUUUGCCUCUGAGCAUGGCAAAUCAGCAGGAUAUGUAUCGAGUACACACAGUGGCACUGGUAUUAUGUUCCUGAAUGAAGUAGCUCUUGGUAAGGAGCAUCACAUUACCAUGGAUGAUAGUAGUCUCAGGAAAGCUCCUUCUGGAUACGAUUGCGUCAUUGCUAAAGGUCGGACGGAACCAGAUCCUAAAGUUGAUGCCCACCUAAUGCUGGAUGGUAAGAAGGUGUUUGUGCCACAGGGUAAGCCAGUUGGACAACCCAAAUACAACAGCAGCAGCUUCUCACAGAGUGAGUAUCUCGUGUAUAAAGAGAGUCAGAACCGAAUUCGCUACCUGCUGGAGUUUAAGUUUUUUUGAACAAAAGAACUUCAAAAUUACUUUUGAAGGAAAAAUUAAUCCCUGAUUUGUCAAUAUAUUUUAUUGCGGGGGUGUCAGAAGCCACUGUUAACUGCUGAUUAGCUAGGGAUUAUAGCAAAUAAUACACCUUUGAUUUGAAGAUGUAAAUCUUGUUAUCGACAGGGCCCAAUUUCACAGAAAACUCUUGCUUUAGACAAAAAAUAGGCUACCAGCUGAAAUACCACCCAGUUACCUAUGCUAUGACUGGUACCACACUCAUUUUUUGCUUAAAGCCUUUCGACACUUUCGGAACAGGAAAAAAAAAAAGUUCACAGAUUUACGAAUAAC